AUGGCAAGCCAGACUCAAUCUGUCUACGUGACGCUUGUCUCUAGCGAUGGAUUCGAAUUUAUCAUUCCUCGCAGCGCUGCCUGCAUAUCUGGCACAAUUCGGCGUAUGCUCGACCCAGCAAGUAAAUUCUCGGAGGCUCUGACAGGUCGGUGUGUACUCGAAACACUAAAUGGUGUUGUUUUGGAGAAAGUCUGCGAGUACUUUUUGUAUAAUGAGAAGCACAAGGAUCAGGCCAAUGUCCCAGAUAUGGAAAUUCCAGCUGAACUGUGUCUGGAGCUUCUGAUGGCUGCUGACUACCUGGACACCUGA